UCUAAACAAUAACAAACAGAUUUUUCGUGUUAUCUCCGGUCGCGUACACGGGACGUCGUGUACUUCUGUUUACUGUCCAAGUUUUUUGGUGGAAAUAUUGCAGUUUUCGUAGCAUUCGAGUGAAUACUCAUCGUUAGUCAUGCUGAACGAAGAAGUGGAUGAUACGGAGUUCUUUCAGCAGGAUUUCACCACUGCCUCCGAGUGGGAGAUUUUCAACGCACGGUUGGAGGAAAUAUUCCACGAGUGGAAGCUGUCGUAUGGGCUGGCUGGAAAUCAGGGCCGCCUGGGACGGAACGAGCUUUCCCUCUGUGAAUGGACGGUCUUGAAGGAAAAGUUAAGCUUUGCAGAUGUUGAACUGGACGUGGUACGUUACAAGGCUAACGUAUCGGAGCGGGAACUGUCACCUGAAAGCAAACCAGAGUCCGGAGAAUGCCAAGCUUUUGUAGAUUUAUUGGCGAAUGAUAACGAUUAUAGUAUCAUAGAUCAUAUGGCAGAUCGCCGUUUGCACCCUUUAGCGCAGUGGUACGGCUUGAGAGAAUUCGUUGUAGUCGUUCCUGUGAAGCAAUCCAUUACCAACGAGAGCCAGAUCCGUAUUUUGAUGAGCUCAAUUCAUAUUGCUGUUUCGGAGAGCAGCUGCGAUGUUCCGGUUUUUGUGCAAGUCUUAGAAAAAGUUCAAAACGUAUUUUUGGGCGUUUGUGAGUCCGAUUCGGUGAAACUUUUGUUUGACAUAGUCCAUUUGAAUAUUAUUCCGCCAACUUGUAAGUACUUGUCAGGACUACUCGACGUGUUUAAGGGAAAAGUGUCGGUACCAUACAUGGAUCCGGUUGCCGUAUCCGUGCGUUUCACUUAUUCUUUGAACAAAUUUCUCAACUAUUCCUAUGUGGCCGAAAAAAAUAUUCCAUUUUCCGAUAAUAGUGAUGAAGAAAGUGAUUUCGCGGAAACGAAAAUUUCGUUGCCGUUUGGGGUAGGUGUAGAUCCUGUUUCGGAGUUGAUUCUCCAUUGCACCUGGCCUCAGGUAGCAGAUAAUGUUGUUAUCGACUCGCAAACCUAUUCCGACUUUGAUCCCCUCACUGCUCCCGCGUGGAGCAUUCGUGCGCGCUUCGAGGACACUCCCGUUUGCUAUAUGGCCGAAUGCAUGCAAGAGUUCCUUCAAAUUUCGGAAUCGAAACGCGCCAUUACUGAAUAUUUUCCGGAGUUGACCUAUGGAGCUACGCAAAAUAUUGAAGGUACUAAAGCACUAGAACGUCUGACAGAAUCGAAAAUUCCCACGCUGGCUUCGGUGAUUCCGGGGAUCGGUUCGGGAGGUGCCACUGGCUCGAAAGAACUUAAAUUGGAAGGACCACUGAACGACGACCUGCUGAAGGAUAUGUUGUACUAUUUGUUUCCGGAUGCGCAGUCUGAUUCAGCGUAUCCGUAUAAAAUUCCACUCCCUGGUCAAACGGAAUUUGAUCCGCUAAAAAUAAAAUCGGCUCAUCCGGACUCGCUGGUACAUCGCUUAGCAAUGCUGCUAGGUCUGUGUAAUUCGUUUUUCGGCGGCAAACGAGCCGUCGCUCAACUCUGGGUGGAGUUUGCACAGGAGAUGCGGUACCGGGUGGAGCGCUGCAUUCAGAUUCCAGGAAUUGCGGCCGGAUUCCCGGAUUCGAGAACAUGCCUGCUCCACCAGAAGCUUCAGAUGCUGAACGUUUGCAUGGAACGCCGCCGGAUCCGGGAGGGCGGACUGCCCUUCGCAAUGACUAACCGGACCGGGAGCGAGGCGGACAGCCGCGAGGGAAGCCACGAAUCAGAGGAUGAGUUCUUCGAUUGCUCCGAUGAUGAAGAGGCCGAAUCAAAACGGCGCCAUGCGGCUUGGAAUCAACCGGUGGGUCGCCUAUCGAAGCUUGGCAAGAUGCUGCUAGUGGAUUCGGACGAACCACUCUACAUUCCAAUCACCCAGGAGCCGGUUCCAAAGACCGAAGACCAGCUCGAGGAUGACGCUGAAGUAAUGCUGAAGCUUGGACCCGGCAGUGAGCUGUGCACUCAGAUGAUGAGUGCCUCGCUGCUAUCGGAUAUGGAAAGCUUCAAGGCGGCCAAUCCGGCCGGCAAGCUGGAGGAUUUCAUUCGCUGGUACAGCCCCCGGGACUGGAUCGAAGAGGACGCCGAUGAACGGGAUCCCUUCGGAAGGAAGGGACAUUUGAGCUCGCGAAUGUUGAUUCCUGGUAAUACCUGGCAAACUGUAUGGGAGAAUGCACGCCCCGUUCCCGCCAGGCGUCAAAGAAGACUGUUUGACGAUGCGAAAGAAGCGGAGAAAGUGCUUCAUUACUUUGAAUCUAGAACCAUCGGACAAAUCACACAGCUCACGGUAUCAUCACUGUUUCAUACUUCCAUUAGAAUUCUUACCGAAGAAGCAGGCUCGGACCGUGAAGUGAUUCCGAGCUUUGCAGAAAACAUGGAUAAAAUUACUAGCACUUGCUGCAAGUUAUCGCGAGAGAAUUGGGUAACAAAUGCACCCACUUCGCGUGGAAACUCCUGGAAAAAGUAUGAAGUCCUACUGGGGGACAUAACUCAGCUCGAGAAUGUAAUUAUUCAGGUGCGAAGUUUGCGAAAGAAACUUUUCUCUACAGGCAAUGAACAAGCGGAAGAUACGAUGGACGUUGAAGGGAAGCGGGAAUUUUUAUCCAAGCUACUGAAAGCAUUCGAAAGCGAACUUGACGGAGGAGCGAAAAGCUUCAUCGCGAAGCGCGUACUGGAAAUGUUCACCGAGGCUAAGAAAGCCGCCAACGAGCAGGCAAACGAGAAAUCCGUUGCGUUGGUAAGCUUUAUGCUUGCUGAUGGAGCAUACGUUUGCUUGCCCGAUCCGGUGGAGAAACAGUUCACCCUAAGGCUGGGUGGCAAAACCGUCAAUAAAGGAAUGGGAUCGCCACAGUUUAUGAGGGCUAUUUUCACACACAACGAAUUUCGUUUAUGCGGAGCAUUUAGCCAAAAUACUACAUUUUAUUAGAAACUACGCAAUAUUCAGCAGUUUUCACAUUAUAAUAUGAUUGUUUAAACUUAACGUUACGGACAGCAGGCACACGUAUUUCAAUUAUAUGCCUUUAUAUUAAUCUAGCACA